AUGGCGUCCACGGGCGACCGCGACCACUCCGGCCACCACCAGCCGGAGUUGAGAGGCCAGAAGCGGAAGGCGGAGGCGGAGGCGGAGCCGGGGCCCGUCGGUCCCUGCACGUCGCUCCGCUUUCCGGCCAAGUGGGAAGCGCUGCUUGAGCCUGUGGUCACAGAAGCCGACCACGCGAAACUGGUGCGCUUCGUGAUCAAGAUGGUCGGCGUCCUGGACCGCACCUUCUCCUGCCGAGAGGACGAUCGCAUCGCCGCCCAGAACGCUAUUCUCAUCCUCACAGCACUCGCCGAGAAGGGGAAAUGUGUGGAUGAGAUGGUUCAGAAUGGAGCCAUUCCUGCUUUGGUGAAGCAUUUGCAAGCGCCUCCUUUGGGAAAAGGCGACAAGUGUGCGAAGUUCUUCCAGCACAAAGUCGAGACGACGAGUGCAUACGCUCUUAGAUGGCUUGCUGCAAAACCAGAGCAUCGAGAACUCAUAAUUAAGAGUGGUGCCUUAAACCAUCUACUCAAUCUGUUGAAGAGGUACGAAGCAGGGUCCAGUUCACAGUCCGUGAAUGAUCUCAUUCUAAGAGCCGUUGAGGCUAUCUCAAAGCUUGCUCAACAUAAUAGUAGCGCCGCCAUCCUUGUCAGGUUGGAAGGUGGUAUUCCACUGCUGGUUGAGUUGCUGGAUGCCUAUGAAAUACAUUUGCAAGGAGCAGCCGCCGCAGCGUUGUGCAUGCUGGCUUUGGAAAGUAAAGAGAACAGGAAUCAGAUCGUGGAUUGUGGUGCUCUUCCAAGCAUCGUGUUGAUACUCAAAUCUGAGAAUGCUGACAUACACAUUAAGGCGGUUGCAUUGAUUAGUGUUCUGGUGCGCUCAUCUCGAAAAAUAAAGAAAGAUGUGCUGGCUGCUGGAGCUUUGCAACCUAUUAUUAGAUUGCUCAGUUCCAGCUGUGUUUGGAGCCAGAUGGAGGCAGCUCGCUUAGUUGGACUAUUUGCUGCAGCCAAUUCAAUUCGUAAGGCAAUUGUUCAAAGGGGUGCAGUUCGUCCUCUUAUUGAGAUGCUUCGAUCUUCUAGUCUUGAAGCGAGGGAAUUGUCGGCUUCUGCACUGUGGAGAUUUGCUCGGAACUCAGACACCCAGGUUGGUAUUGCUCACGAGGGCGGCUUACUGGCAUUACUGGAACUUCUAGAUUCAGAAAGUGAAUCAUUGCAGGAUGUUGCUGCAUGUGCUCUUCAUACUCUAUUGAAUAAUGAGGAGAACGUGUCAGAAUUUAUCACUAUUGGUGGAUUUCAGAAGCUACAGAGGGGAGAAUUCACUGGCCAAGCCACAAAACAGUGCGUUAAUAGAACAGUGAAGAGAUUAGAGCAGAAGAUUCGAGGCCGAGUCUUCAAACACUUAUUGCUUUUAAUGCGUGUAUCAGAGAAUGCCAUCCAAGGAAGAGUAGCUAUAGCUCUUGCACAUCUUUCUGACCCAACAGAUCAACCAAUGAUUCUUAUCAAUAAUAAUGGAUUGGAAUUGCUGCUUCGGUUGCUUAUUUCUUCAUGUCCCAAGGAACAACUUGAUGGUGCGCUAGCCUUGUUCAAGGUGGCUAAGAAAGCAAUGAUAGUUCCACCUUUAGAUGGAGAUUCAACCAUUUCAAAACCGCAAGUCUAUCUAAGCAAGCAAUAUGUGAACAAUGCUAUGCAAUCUGAUGUAACCUUUUUGGUUGAAUCUAGACAAUUCUAUGCACACAGAAGUUGCUUGUCAGCAUCUUCAGAUACAUUCCGUGCAAUGCUUGACGGCGGUUAUCAGGAAAAGGAUGCCACUAGCAUAGAGAUUCCAAACAUAAGAUGGGAGAUCUUUGAGUUGAUGAUGAGGUUCAUGUACUCCGAGUCAGUUGAAGUUACGCCAGAUAAUGCACAAGAGCUUCUUAAAGCAGCUGAUCAGUAUCUCGUUGAAGGGCUUAAGCGACUUUGUGAGCGUGCCAUUGGGCAGGAACUAUCUAUGGAAACUAUUUCAACUAUAUACGAACUCUCCAAUGAUUUCCAUGCGACAUCAUUGAAGCAUUCGUGCAUCUUGUUUAUCUUGGAGCAUUUUGAUGAAUUCAGGCGUCGGUACUCUCAGCUAAUUCAAGAAAUUGUGCCAGCAAUCCGUGAUUAUUUUUCAGAAGCGUUAACUAAGUAAACACCCUUACAAGUGGCGUGAAAGCACAACAAUCUCAUUUGGUUCUAGCUCGUUAUGGGGUCUAAAAGAGUUGGCAAUCCUCGUGAUGUAGGAGCUAGCCGGUGGUGGACCGUGCACAUAUAUCAUUGAGCCCCGUUUUGCUCCAUAGAUAUCUAUUGCAAGAAUUGAAUGCAGCCAACUCUGAUGUAACAUAGUUCUUUUCAUUUGACAAUAUUCAAUUAAGCUAAACGAGGGUUUCUAAUCCAAUCAAGUACUCACAUCUUCUUCCUUGCUUGAAAAGGGACCCGGUUAGAAUACACUGCACGAACUCGUGGAGAAUUUAAUGCAGUUCAACUC